AUUGUAUAAGAUUUUUAAAAAGAGCUUGUUUUAUUAGUGAACUUACGUAAAACAAUACAAAAGAGGGAAGAAAGCGGUUUAUAGUACGUAUUAACAUAUUAUAUAUGGCGGUUUGUAGUGUUUCUUGGGAUUUUAUUUGGUAUAUUUUCUUCUUUUCUAGUAUGGUUUUUAAGAGCAUCAGUGCUCGUCAAGCUAACGGCUGGCUCGGUGCUCAUGCAACUUUCUAUGGAGGCAAUCAAAACCCCUCUACUCUUGGAGGAGCUUGUGGUUAUGACAACACAUUCCAUGCGGGUUUUGGAGUACAGACGGCGGCAGUGAGCGGAGCUCUGUUUAGAGGCGGGGAGGCGUGCGGUGCGUGCUACCAGGUGAUUUGCGACUACAAAACGGAUCCAAAGUGGUGCCUGCAACGGCGUUCGGUGACAGUAACCACUACAAACUUUUGUCCCCAAAACAACAACGGAGGUUGGUGCAAUCCUCCUCGCCACCACUUCGACAUGUCCAUGCCUGCCUUUUUUCGCAUUGCCAGACAAGGCAACGAAGGAAUUGUACCCGUUAUAUAUAGAAGGGUGUCAUGUAGAAGAAGAGGUGGAGUCCGUUUCACAAUGAGAGGUCAAGGAAAUUUCAACAUGGUGAUGAUGUCGAACGUGGGAGGAAGUGGAGACGUGAAAGCUGCAUGGAUAAAGGGGUCGAGGAUGAGAACAUGGAUGCCCAUGCAUAGGAAUUGGGGUGCUAAUUGGCAGAGUAGCAUUGAUGUUCGUGGUCGAACUCUCUCUUUCAAGCUCACUUUGGUUGAUGGUAAAACACUUGAAUUUCCCAACGUUGUUCCUUCCAGUUGGAGAUUUGGACAAACAUUUUCCUCAAGAAACCAGUUCUUCUAGACUCGAUCCCUCUCACAGUGUCCCAAUCAUAAAGGGACUCGCCGUGUAGAUUCAGAAUUGUCUUAUUAUUAAUGAUCAAAAAGGACAUUAAUAAUUAGUUCUUACUGUUUUUUAUUUUUAUUGUUUGUUAUGUCAAUAUAGGAGAACACACAACAACAUGAGUUAUUGA